UUUCUAAAGGUGCAGUGCAUGGACACUAAAACAAGAGUCAGCAGUUGUCCUGUCAGAGGAAGGCCAUCUUGUAGAAUCUGCUUUUUGGCUCCUCAACCAAUAAAAAAUCUCAUACUAGUAAUGGCUUUAGGAGCGAUUUCAUUAUUAGAUGCUUCCAUGAAAUUACCUCGGGUAGCCUAAGUUACAUGGGGCCCUGCUUGGUAGAGUAGUGCUUCUAGCUGAUAACAAAGGUAUCUUCAUAGUGUGUAUGCUAAAGGCGACAAAGGGGGCAGGCAGCAAGGCAGCCAGUCUGAAUCCUCCGUUUUCUACCAUGUGAUCCUGAAACCGGAAACAACUCAACUGCUCCAAUCUGUGAGCCCAGUCUGUCAGGGAACUUGAAAAUCUCUCAGAGGCCAGAGCUGGACGGUAUGUCUCAUUAUCAAACAGUGAUGAACUUAGCCCUGGUCCACGUCUUAGUCCCCUUCGUGCUCUGUGUCGUCUUUGCGAACACCAGUCUGUUUGACGAAGUUGAGGUGGGCUUGUCUUACGAGCAUUAUGCCGAGAAACGAGUUGAUUAUCUGCCUGCUUUCCUGGCGAUGCCCUGUAACUGUGUGGUGAACCUGGGUUAUGUCUUCAUCGGACUGUACUGGCUGCUGUGGCCCAGAGGCGUCAGAGACACGGAGCCGGGCCGGUACAUGAGACAAGUGUUCGCCUUCAUGGCUGUCUUUUACGCGCCUGUGCAGUGGACGCGCUUGGCGGUGCUGCAGCGUGCUCCCGCCGUGCUCGACCAGUGGUUCACGCUACCGAUCUUCGCGUGGGUCCCGGUGUGGAUCGACUUCAUUGAGCGGGGCCCGGUGAAGUGGCGCGGGUCGCACGCGGCUGCGCUUGAACUGGUCUCUAUUUUUAGCUACGGCCUGGCGCUGCUGCACGCGCGCGGAUUCGAGGCGGCGCUGGCCUGUCACGUCGCCAUCGCGGUGUACAAGGGAGUGCGCGUGCAGCAGGAGCUCGGGGACGGGCUCACGCGGAGGUACCUACAGCUGGCGGUGCUGUCAUGUGCAGGGUUCGUGCUGUUGAAACUGCUGGACCACUGGCUCGCACGGUAUCGACUCUUCCAGCGGCUCACGGGACACUUCUGGUCCAAAGUGUGUGAUGUGCUUCAGUUCCACUUCAGCUUCUGUUUCCUGAGCAGGCUGACACAGAGGACACAUGAGAUGGCUGCAGCGCAGCACAGUGACUGAGAAACCAGCUGGAAUGAAGAGCCCUCAUGAUUCUGUACUUUGAGGAAAGUCUAAAUGUUUUAAUUCUACUGUGAUGACAAUAUUUUCAAAGAAUCCUCCAAAUAGAGUUGAUUGUUGCCUUGUCCAAAAGAAAGAAACAACAAAACCCCCACAUGUUAUAUGGACCUAUGAAGACAAUACAUAAAGCCAAACAAAGUUAAGGGCAUGUCACAUAGAGGAGUUACGUAUAAAAUGAAGAAUAGAAUUGGACAUCAAAAAGUGAAAUAUGCCGUAAUAUAUAUGGUAGUUGUUCUGAAUGUCCGAUAUCUGAGUCAUAAAAUUAAAAGAGUUUUUUAUGUUGGAGUGCUAUGGAUGAA